UAACUCUUCAAUUUCAUCCUAGACUCGUUUCAAGCCAUUGUCUGAAGCCAUUUUCUCAAGCCGUUCUCUAAGUCUUCGUUCGAUUUGGUUCUUCAAGCACUUCUCUCUCUUCCUUCUCAAGCCAUUUUCGAUUCUUCAAGUUCAGGAAUGCCGGAGAAAAAGCCAGUGAUUGGCCUCUCAUGGCAACCGCAGUUGCCUUUUCCAUCCCUGUCAAAGGCUACAAGUGAUUCUUCUCAUGCCCAAUUUCAAGCCAAGGCGCCAAGUAGCACUAUCUGGAAGCCGAAUUCAGAAUUGGUUAAUGGGCUAUUGGUUCCUCCCAAUGAUCCCAGAAAAUUAAAUAAGUUAUUGAGACAGCAGGUUAAGGAUACUGCUGGAAAACAAUGGUUUGACAUGCCUGCUCAAACCAUGACCCCUGAGCUGCAGAGAGAUCUGAAGUUACUAAAGAUGAGGGAUGCCAUUGAUCCUAAACGACACUACAAGAAGGGUGGUUCAAAAUCAAAGACUCUUCCGAAGUACUUUCAGGUCGGAACAAUUGUAGGUUCCCCGCUGGACUACUUCUCAGGCAGAUUAACAAAGAAAGAGAGGAAAGAAACGCUUGCAGAUGAGUUUCUUGCUGAUCAAAACCUUUCAGCUUUCAGGAAGCGUAAGGUUCGAGAAAUCGAAGAGCAGAGGCAGCCAGCUGGGAAUGAAAAGUGGAAGAUCAGGGGCCAAAGUACUCAGAAACGUGCAAAGGAAAGGAGGAAAUUCUGAGUUUUAUGGACUUGUUGGGGUUAUGGACGAGUGUUGGAGUUUAUUGCAUUCAGUUUUGUUCACAUGUCAGGAAAUUAAUGCAAUGAAACAGUUUAUAAUUAUUGAGUUUAUGUAAGAUUACUAAACCUAAGAAGUUAUAUUUUGUCGAUUUCUAGCAUGUUUGGAAUAGCUUUUGCAAUGAGCCAUCGCAUGUUUACCGCCACUUUACGGUGAAAACAAGAAAGAAGCUACAAAGUGUAGCUUCUUGUCCAAAAUGCAAGUCUGUCCUUUUUUGCUGCGCAUCCAAACAGGCUAUUAGUCUAGUCAAUGUUUUAAGUCUCAUUUUUGUAUUAUGGAAAUUCAUGUUCGUAAUUUCUUUCAACUUUAGCAUUUGUAUUAUAUAAGAACUAGUUAUUAUUGUUGUUGAA